CUGCUCUUUAUAGUCUAUGGCAAACAAAAUGGGUGUACUUUUAGGUUAGGGAAUGUAAGAUUUUUUUAGAAAAUUUAGUUUGACAAAAAUGAAAUAUAUUUAUAAAAUGGAGUCAGUGCUUAUAAGUAUAGCCGUUAUAUUAUGUUCUGUAUUACUUGUAAAAGUACUUUAUAAACUACGGUCAGCUUUGCCGUGGCCUGUAAACUGUUGGUUCUGUAAUAAAAACUGUUGGGUAAAGUAUCCAGAACGCAACAGCUGGACUUGCCUUGAAUGCGAACAAUAUAAUGGAUUUACCAAGGAUGGCGAUUACAACAAACCCGUCACAGCAUUUAAUGACCAAUCUAUGAAGACACCAAAGGUAUUCCAAAACAGUCCACCUAAGAAUGGUCUCUGCAAGAUGUGUAACAUAAAUCAGCAGCUCAAAGUGACACAGCUGGCCAACUUUGUUCCUAUGAAUGAGAAAAACUUUGAUAGUGAAAUAGAAUCAUAUCGGUUGCAAUUAGAAAAAGCUUAUAAGCUAUGCAAUCCUUGCCGAAAAGUCCUUCAAAUGAAAUUGCACAAAGAAAAGGAAUCCCUGCUGGGAUCUAAACUACUAGAAACAAGGACAGUAGACAAGAGAAAUCAAAAGAAAGACAAACAGAAUGAACUGUUGAAAAAACUUAUAAACAAUACCUCAAUGCUAACUGCAGUUAUACUUUUUAUACUGGUUUCUUUUGAACUUUACACAAACUUAUCAUUAAGAUACAAGAAUUUACUUAGUACAAUAACUAAUAUAAAGGAGAUAAUAAUAGGUCUUCUACAAAGAAUAUACUCUAUCAUUGAAAUGAAGACAAAUAUGACAUUCCCUACUUUAGAAAAUUAUUUCUAUGACAUAGAUAUUGUAAGCAUGAUGCCAAAAAGUUUUAAUUUUAGACAGAUACCUAUAGACCAUGUUAAUUUGAUGACACAGAAAGUUUUGGGAUGCUUUUUAUGUAUUUUACAAAUUAUUGGACACAUUUGGAACACCCACAGCUUGAAACAUUCUAUUGUAAUUGACCUACAAUGGCUGGUGUUUGUUAUUGCAACAUUAGGACAACACUACUUGGCUGUGGAACCUAUUUAUUUGAGUUCAAUUAAGACAUUAUGUACUUUGAUAGCAUUAUUGACAUACAAAUCAAUCAAGGCAGAAACUAAAAUGACUUUCAUGAAGUCCCCUUCGACGGCAAGACGUAUGAAGAACCUGGCUAGCUCGUCCGCCAGCACGCUUAUUGAUGAUGAUGACGACCCUAUGCAUUUAGACACUGAUGAUGACGUGUCGUUGAGUAAAUUUGGAUUACACAACUUCUCAGAGUCCUCAAACGAAACUUUAGGCCAGCUUAAUGCCAGCAUGUUGAAUGGCAGAUCUUUCACCCCGAGAAUUGAUGGUAUAUGGACAAAACCUAAAUUGAAUUCGACAUUUUGUGUAAAUUCUGUGACAAGCAAAAGUCCUAGUUCUGUAUCUGAUACCAUAUUUGUCAAACCUUCUUUCAAUAAAUAUCAAAAACUAAUGAAAGACGAUUCCGACUCUGAGUUAGACGAAAGCAUCAGUUCCUUGUGCAUAAGCAGCCCAACAAAAACGAAAAAGAAAACGAAUUCAAUUUUCUCAUUAAGAAAAUUUACUGCUACUCCUAGUUUCGUCGCUCCGACGCCCUUGGCUCGUUCCCGGCCGCUGAUAUCGCCGAGCAAGUUGGGUCAUAGUACUUCCUGGGUGGCGGGCGGUUACUGGGGCUCCGAAGGCGAGCGCCAGAUUUUCAGCAUUGACGGUAGUCGUUCGUCGAGCCAGAGUUCUGGUUUCGAAUCUCAAACAUCUAGCAUGAAUCAGCGCAAUUUGUUUUCGCAGCCUCCUUCCCGCGAAGAGUCCAUCUGUGGUGAGCCGAUGGUACUUGAUCGGUUUCCAUCUAUGAGCAAUCUGACUGGAUUCCAGUCUCCACAGAACUUUAGUCGAGUUAGCUCGCCAGUAUUUCCUCAAAUGCAGUAUAAUGGGCAUGUCCAUAUACCUCAGCCUCAAUUUGCUCAACAACAUACGAUGUCCCCGAACAUGUUCGCUCAGCAGCAGCAGUUCGUGCCGGGCAGCCUAUUCAAAGCGCCGCCGGGCGGCUCCGGGCUUAUCAAGCUGCCGCCAGUCAAUUCCUUCACACCUCGCUAAUGCUUGACUAUUAGUCGACAGUCUUACUGCCUUGACCUUUAUAACUAUUUUCUUAAAAUCGUACGUAUUUUUGUCUUUCUCUUACCUCUUUAAUUUUUGUAUAUUUUUAUGAAGUUCCGUGAACUGCCAUUAUGUUAAGAACAUUUUGUUAAGUUAUAUCAUGUUAGUUGUAAGCGAUUGUUAGUUGUAAAGUUUGAGACUAAACUUAGUGUAUAAGACGUAUUUGCUGAUCUCGUGUUGGUGCCAGGUGUUGGCGUUAUGAAAGCAUUAAGAAUUAUUGUAUUGUUAACAAUUUUUAUAUGGACGUCACUGUCCUUUCGCGAACAAAAUGUGAUAUUAAAGACUAAAUAAUUUUUUGCAAAAAGUAGAAAAUGAUUCUUGAUGUUAUCAUCGUUUUGAUUUCGUCAUCUUAUAAUGAAAACUUUUUGUGAAAGUCCUGUAAUAAAAAGCGUAAAAUAUUA